AUGCGUUAUGGCUGGGUGUGGGCAACAGCUUUGCUAUUCGCCUGUCGAGUGGAAGCUGCGGCAGUUUUUGCUCAUUUCAUGGUAACCAACUCGGCCAACUACACCUCCGAUGACUGGACAAAAGACAUGGAGUUAGCGCAAGAUGCGCAUAUUGAUGCCUUUGCCUUGAACAUGGCGUACGGAGACCCAACAAAUACAGAAGCGCUCAAGGCUGCUUUCUCCGUGGCAGAUUCUGUCGGCUUCAAAUUGUUUUUUUCCUUCGAUUAUGCCGGCAACGGAGACUGGCCUAUGAUCGAUGUGAUUCACUUGAUCAACCAGUAUCGUGUCCACUCGUCAUAUUUCUUAUACCGGGGAAAAGCGCUUGUCUCUACAUUCGAGGGACCAGGCCGAGCCCAGGACUGGUCGACGAUCAAAGAUUCCACUGGGUGCUUCUUCAUUCCAAGUUGGUCUUCUCUUGGCGCUAAGCCUGCAGGCGGCGAAGACAUGAGUACCUAUAUUGAUGCAUCUUAUGUCCAGUACCUUGCUGGUAGACCCUUUAUAAUACCGGUUUCACCCUGGUUUUAUACCAACUUACCUGGCUACAAGAAAAACUGGAUGUGGCGAGGUGAUCAUCUUUGGCAUGACCGCUGGCAAGAGGUGCUAUACUUGCAACCCGAGUUUGUUCAAAUCAUUUCGUGGAACGACUACGGCGAGUCUCACUAUAUUGGACCCCUCUAUAAUAAGGCCAUAGAAGCAUUCAAAAUUGGCAAGGCUCCGUUCAAUUACGCGACUCAUAUGCCUCAUGAUGGCUGGCGCGCUACUCUGCCCUUUUGGAUUGAUCUCUACAAAACUGGGAAAGCGGAAGUGACUAAAGAGAGUCUUGUUACUUGGUACCGACUAUCGCCUGCUGCUGCUUGUGGUAGUGGAGGGACUAGUGGUAACACCGCAUUGCAGCUCCAGAUUGAGUUCUCUCCGGCACAAAUAGCCCAAGAUCGAGUCUUCUUCUCCGCUAUUCUGACGCGCUUUACUGAAGUUGUGGUCUCUAUUGGUGGGGUUGCCAAGCAAGCAGCAUGGUCAACCGUGCCUGAUGAUGACGUUGGUGCCUUCCAUGGAAGUGUUACCUUUGAUGGCCGGACUGGGCCAGUCGAGGUAUACCUGAUACGCGAUGGCUCAAUAUACCUAUCUAUUUCGGGCGAAGCAAUCUCUGAAACUUGCGAAAAUGGAAUUCAGAACUGGAAUGCCUGGGUGGGUAGUACAACGUCAGCUCAAGGCAAUGUCUUAGCAAAGACAAGUCUCUCUCUUACCAAACAAAAGUGUAUGGCAGGAACAGGCGCGAAUAACUUUUCGGGUCUUUGUCAGUUCGCCUGCAAGUAUGGAUACUGCUCUCUCGGAGCUUGCACAUGUACGAAGAUCGGACUCGGACAUCUAAAGCCAAACUCAACAGGUGUGAUAGGAUUUCCUGUUGCGGGAGAAGGUGCAAGCUACAGUGGACUCUGCAACUUCGAUUGCAAUCUCGGAUUCUGUCCUCCGUCGGCAUGCGGGACCGUGGAGGUUCCGCUCUCAACGCCAUCCGUGUCCCCAUUCCUACCCCCAGCGUGUACCUCUGGAACCGGCAUAGGAAAUCUCGCCGGACUUUGUGAUUUUGGCUGCGCACAUGGUUUCUGCCCCAUCAAUGCUUGUACAUGUACGGGGCAAGGUGCUUUGAAUGUUUUGAGCCCAACAGUCGACGUCACUGGCCAGGCUGCACCAGGGCAAGAUCCAGUGAUAUACGGCCCCCUGUGUGCAUACACUUGUCAGAGAGGAUACUGUCCUGACGGGGCCUGUGUCUCGCAUAGUGGAAGCUCAACCGGGUCGGAUUCAGGUCCCGGCCGUGAUGGCAAUGGUGCUAUAGGGGAUAUUUUCGUCCCUGAAUCCAUUGCGGAUCCCAACUCCAGUCCAAACAUUGUGACAGGCAAGGCCCCAAUAAACAUCAUUGUUGGCCCGACCAUAUUGCCAACACCGACUGUGUUUGUCAUUGGCCCCGUGGUUAUUCCUAUUGAGGUGGUGAAGACAGUCACAACGACGGUGACAGUGUCUGGACAGACUUCUGUGACUUCUUCACUGAGUCGGACCGUCCAAAGCACCACACUCGCUGUUCCCGAUCAUACAGCACAUGAGAUUCCUUGGUGGAACUGGAAUAUCACAGACCCUGGCAUCACACGAACCUCCACAACACUGUUUCCCAGCAUCUCGAUCGGACCAAUUCCGUUUGGCGAUCAUCGCACUUUCUACCCUCCGCCUUGGCCUUGGUCAAACACUUCGUUGUCGCUGAGGGUCCCGACUCCCACAAUCACGUUCAUCCAGGGCGAUCCUCCUGGUCCUACGUGCACAUCUGGAUGCGGAAAAAAGUGUACCUCUUUCUGCAACAAGCCGUGUCUGCUUAACUGUGAUGAGCCCGAGCAGACCGACAGUUGGACGGACCCAGCAGACCCUGAUCCACCAACUGGGCACACUAAACAAGCUGUACCGGUUCUGAUUGUGACACUGAACAUCAUGUUUGCCUCGGCCCAAACUGUCGGCAGACUGGAUGUGCCGGUAGUGGCUGCGACGACGACGGGACAUACACACUGUGCGACAAAAACGGCCUGCGACGGACAAGACACUGUGGUCACGAAGACAGCUGGUGCUCCGGAGUGCUCGGUCGACUCGGCUUACUGGAGCUCCAUGUCCAAGGAUGCCGAAAGCUAUGAUACGACUAUCAACGGCAAAGCAAUGCCAAAAGUCUAUGUUCCGAUAGAUCGGCCGGGCUACGAUGGAUCGAAGUUUACCCUCACGGAGUUUGGAUUCGCUGACGCCGCGACAACUUCGUCCGACCAAACAGAGACCACCGCAUCCACAACGACCACAAUGAUCCAUGUGAAGCCAACUUCCCAGCCUACGGACAGCGGGAGAAUAGCGACCUUCUUUUUGACGGUAUUUGAGUCGAGCGUGUCGUGGAUAUACCAAUGGGACAUCCUUGACCAUAUGGCGGGUCAGUCCUAUGACCCAUGCAAAACAAAGUCAAAUUUUGUGGCGACUGCGAACACUGUUCCUCCUGGACCCGACUUUCCCAGCGAGGAUCUCGGACCCUUCCAGUCGCAU